AUGGGACAUGAUGUCAUAGUCGAACACUAUCCAGAACUGGACUUCCAAAGAUCACAAAUACAAUCUUCAACCACCCUUUUGUCAGUCAAAUCUGUUCGAGUUGGCCAGCAUAUAACUGUAAAGGCCAAACUAACCAACAUGUCCAAACAGCAAAAAGCAGGAGAUUUAACUCUUGUGAACUGUAUUCUGCUUGACCCUACAGCUUCAAUGAAAAUGGUAUUGUGGGAGAAUUUUAUUAACCAAGUGGAAAACAACCGAACAUAUAUCUUCCACAAUGUAACUGUACGAAAGGACAAAUACAAUGAAACCAUUUACUUAAACACUGCUAAAUAUGGCACUGAAAUCAGACUCACAGAAGAUUUUACUGAAAUCCUAGCUGUGCCACUAACUCAGGACACUACACAAUUUGUAUCCACAACCGUCGAAGGAGAAAUAAUGGGAAUAGUUUCCAUCAACUCGUACUUCUCUUGCUUUAAGUGUAAAAAGAAACUAGAGCAAUCUACUGGAGCAGCAUAUUUGGAGUGCAAAAAUUGUCACAUGAAGCAAAAACUUAAACCUGCAUCUCAACACUGGUAUGCUCAGGUAAUGGUACAGUUCUCUGAUGAGAAGUCCCUAGAACUAACAUUGUUUGAGGAGCCAAUCAAGCAGAUACUGGCAAUUCAAAACCAAAAAAGCCAGCCAACAUUAACUCGGGACAUUCUCACAAACAGUUUAUUAAAUCUUCCAGCAGUAAACUUCACAUACAACACAACAACCAAAGUAGUCCUCAAGAUUGCCCAAAAGGAGUAA